UGUUGCUUAAACGGCAUUUUAACGUGGGGUGGGGAAUAUUUAGAAUUGUUAUAAAUAGUUAACCAUGGAGAUUACCAAUUAUCCAUCUACCAUAAAGAAAAAUAAACAAGUAGCAAAAUAAGAAACCCAAAAAUCGAAAAUGAAGAAGCUUAUCUUCCUAAUUUUCAACAUAAUUAUGCUUUCAAUCGGCAAUUGCGGUGGUCCUUUAAUCUCUCGACUCUAUUUCAUUCAUGGCGGCCAACGAAUUUGGAUACCCAGCGUAUUACAAACUAUUGGUUGUCCAAUUAUUCUCAUCCCUCUAGCCAUAGCCUAUUUCCAACGCCGGAAAAUUCAAGGACCCGAGGCUAAAAUCGUCUUUAUCACACGGCAAGAGUUCAUCGCAUCUGCCGGCGUCGGAAUCAUCGUCGGUCUCGAUAGUUACUUAAACUCAUGGGGACCCGCGAAAUUACCCGUUUCAACUUCGACACUAAUCAACGCGACUCAACUUGCGUUCACUGCGCUUUUUGCUGUGCUUAUAGUUAAACAGAAAUUGACAGCGUAUUCGACGAAUUCCGUCGUUUUGCUUAUCGCCGGAGCUGCGACUUUAGCUCUCCGGGCGAACGGUGACCGGCCGGCCGGCGAGUCCACGAAGGAUUAUAUGUUGGGGUUUGUGAUGACGUUUAUCGGUGCGGUGUUAUAUGGAUUGAUGUUGCCGUUAAUUGAGUUGAUUUAUAUGAAGGCGAAGCAAGCUGUUACUUACACUACNAUUUAUGUGUCAUUUUAA